AGCCUCGGAGGGCCAGCCCUUUCUCUCGCUACUCCAAGACCACGUGGUUUCCUCUUUGCAAACAAAAAAAAUGUAGUCAAUUUUUUUCGAGUCGGUUUAGAGGCGGUGCCAUCGCCAGUCAGAAGGAAGGCUGUGUGACAGUGCUGGGUACGACUCGAGGUUGAGGGGUAGAGAGAGUGAGGAAUUUUUUCCCCCCGAUCCCGCCAUAGCACUACCACUACGCCACCAUUACCACCACCAGAUUAAUCCAAAUAAAACAAUUUAAUGCCGUGUGCGAUCAUUAAACGGAAGGUGCUGAAGUCUCGAUUUCUCCGCAUCUCUACGCGCUGAGCUAACUGGACUGAACCAGAAUACAGUACCGUUAGCAUAACUUUUUUAUUUUCAUUUUCAUUAAUUCAUUUUUUUCCCAUCCUUUUGGUUUUGUUUUACAUCAUUAUUUUUGCGUUUUCUUUUUUCAUUGCUACGCUUUACAGAUUUUGGUGCUUUUUUUAAAGAAAAAACUUUUUUUUUGCUAUUUCUUUCUUUCAUUGGAGGAUCUCUACAGUUGUCAUUCUUCAACAUGAACAAGCUAUACAUUGGAAAUCUUAGUGAAAACGUGACUCCUGAAGACUUGGUUAAAGUCUUUGAAGACUGCAAGAUUCCAUUCUCUGGACAGUUUCUUUUGAAAACUGGUUAUGCGUUUGUUGACUGUCCGGACGACCAAUGUGCUAUGAAAGCCAUUGAAACAUUCUCUGGUAAAGUGGAGCUGCACGGCAAGCGCAUUGAGGUCGAACACUCUGUCCCUAAGAAACAAAGGACCAGAAAACUGCAGAUCAGAAACAUUCCACCACACUUGCAAUGGGAGGUGCUUGAUGGUCUUCUGGCUCAGUAUGGAACAGUGGAGAACUGUGAACAAGUGAACACUGAAAGCGAGACUGCGGUGGUCAAUGUCACAUAUGGAACACGGGAACAGGCCAGACAGGCCAUUCAGAAGCUGAACGGAUACCAGUUUGAGAACAACGCGCUGCGUGUGUCCUACAUCCCCGAUGAGACCUCCGAGGUGGACGGCCAGCGGGGGCCCGACAAUGGGCGACGCCCGGGCUAUGGGUCCCGCGGCCCCCGCCAGGGCUCCCCCAAUUCCGGGGGGCCCUCCAAACACCAGCACGCCGACAUCCCCCUGCGCCUACUGGUGCCCACUCAGUAUGUGGGGGCCAUCAUCGGCAAGGAGGGGGCCACCAUCCGAAACAUCACAAAACAGACCCAGAGCAAGAUCGACGUCCACCGCAAAGAGAACGCCGGCGCGGCGGAGAAGCCAAUCAGCAUCCACUCCACCCCCGAGGGCUGCUCGGCCGCCUGCCGCAUGAUCCUGGACAUCAUGCACCAGGAAGCCAAGGACACCAAGACAGCUGAGGAGGUCCCCCUGAAGAUCCUGGCCCACAACAACUUUGUGGGGCGCCUGAUCGGCAAGGAGGGGCGCAACCUGAAGAAGGUGGAGCAGGACACCGACACCAAGAUCACCAUCUCGCCGCUGCAGGACCUGACCCUGUACAACCCAGAGAGGACCAUCACAGUCAAGGCCUGCGCUCGAGGCUAAAACGACGACCGCGCCGCCAUGAAUCAACAGACCCACCUGAUCCCCGGACUUAACCUUGGUGCCCUGGGGCUGUUCCCGCCAUCUUCUGCGAUGCCACCCCCUCCCCCUGGAAACUCUACUGCUGGCACCCCCUAUGGUUCAUUUGGGACGCCGGAGCAGGAGACUGUGCACGUGUACAUCCCUGCCCAGGCUGUGGGCGCCAUCAUCGGCAAGAAGGGCCAGCACAUCAAACAGCUGAGCCGAUUCGCUGGAGCCUCCAUCAAGAUCGCUCCUGCCGAGGCACCCGAUUCAAAGAUGCGCAUGGUCAUUGUGACCGGACCCCCUGAGGCCCAGUUCAAGGCACAGGGCAGGAUUUACGGCAAGCUGAAGGAGGAGAACUUCUUUGGUCCGAAAGAGGAAGUGAAGCUGGAAACGCACAUUAAAGUGGCUGCCACCGCCGCAGGCCGAGUCAUCGGAAAGGGGGGGAAAACGGUGAAUGAGUUGCAGAACCUGACCGCUGCAGAGGUUGUGGUCCCCCGGGAACAGACGCCUGACGAGAACGACCAGGUCAUUGUCAAGAUCAUCGGGCACUUCUAUGCAAGCCAGUUGGCGCAGAGGAAGAUUCGGGACAUUCUGACUCAGGUCAAACAGCAGCAGCAGAAAGGGGGUGUGGGCGGGCCCCCAGGACCCCACUCACAGCCCCAAGUGGACCCCGGGGCCCCACAGGGCCUGGCCCAGGACCCCCAGCCUGCCCGCAGGAAGUGAGGGGCCGGGCCCCUCUGGACGGACAGCAGCCGGAGGAGAAGAAGAGAGAGAGAGACGCAGACCCUUUGGGAGACAGGGAGGAAUGCAUGUCAAACAGAGAGGGGGGGGGAGGAUGGGGGGGGGUUGGUUGUGUGAGAGAAGGGUGAAAAAAAUAAAACUAAUUUAAAAAAGGAAAAAAAAUUGGUACAAAAACGAUAGAAAACAGAGACCAGAUGACAGGCCAGAGAGUGACUGGAAAUGGAGGGAGGGGGCGGGGCUUGUGGAGCUUUGAGGUGAUUGGCUGGAAAUACAGAGUACAGCGCCCCCUGGAGUGCUUUGGAAAACAAGCUGCUCGUGCCUGUAGGAUAUUGUCGGCCUUGUAAAAGUCUAUUGCAUAGACUCUCAGCUGUUAGGGAAGCUCCCGCUGAAACACGUUCUGAUAGGUUCAGUUUCAUCACUGAACCCACCAAUCAGAAGCCAUUUCCAGUCACUCUUGAUUUCAAGGGUGGUUUUUUUAAAAGACACAUAUAUAUAUAUAUAUAUAUAUAUAUAUAUAUAUAUAUAUAUAUAUAUAUGCGCAUACAUAUAUAAUACAGAGAACUUAUAUGUAAAGGGCAGUGAGGGAGAGGUGAGAGAGUGGGUGAGAAGCAAUUUCCAAGGGUAGGUCAGAGAUCAGGUGACCUGCCCGAACCUAUCAGAGAUGAGGGGAGGAGCCACAGCUCUUCUUGCUGCUCUUGAGCUCCCUCUUUAAAAAAGGCUGGAGGGAGGGGGAAAAAGGGAACAAGAGUUGAAAGAGAGUGAGAGAUUAAAUGUUGUAAAUAUAAUUGUGUGAAUUCGAAAGUAAACGCUGCAUUUCGUGACGCUGGGGGACAACCCCAAUCCGAGAUCGCAAAAAUUGUGGGGCGGGAGGGAUUGACCACCCCCCCCCAGCCCUGUCACAGGUUACGAUUUUUGGGAAUUGCUGACGGUUUGAGCAGCGAGAGAAUUCGGUCACAACUGCCUCCGCUGUUCUGGUUGCAGGAGCCAGCUCUAAAGAUUACUAAAUUGAGUGAAACUAAAUUAUAUAGUUGGUGACUGACCGCCACCAAGAUACUUGUGUGUAUCUAUGUGUGUAUACACACACACACACACAUGCGUCAGCCCCACAAGCACCAGUAGGGAGGAGUCGGAAUGGGACAGAGCUUCUGGGGCGGGGCUUCCAUUUCCUUUGACCUUUGAUUGGUUGAUUGGUCCCCAGGGCAGAGAGCUGAGGUAAUGGACUUUGGUCCGUUGACUUCAUCACCUUGUUGUUUUUGAGCAUGACCCAUUUUAUGGUGCAGUGGGGGGGUUCAACUCCUCCUCUGCCUGGUUUUUGCUUUUACCCAACAUCCAUGCCCAGGAGAUGCAUUACGAGAUCUCCCCUCCCAUCAACUGUGGAAUCGGAUGAUCUUCAGUUGUUUUUGUCUGUCUGUUUAAAGCAACUUGUUCAGUGAGGAAGACUGUAAAAAAAUUUUAAAACUUACCUCAUUUUCUUUAGUUGGGGGAUAUUUUUUUUCAGGGACUCUCCCCCCGUUGAAGUGCCUCCCUGUGCAAGAGCACCUGAGGACUCUCAGUACCACCAGGCUACAACUUCAACCAUGACAAACGUGUUUAGCGGAAGGACGCGUCUGUAGUCCUUCCUUUGAAUUUUUAUGAUGAUGUACCAGCUCCAGACUCACAGCAAGGCAGAAAGAGAAGGUUUCUAUGGCGAUUACACACUGUUUUAAUGAGAUGGGUGUGACCCAAAAAACAAAGCCCGUUGUUUGCCUUAAAUGGUCGGCAGACCAGGGUCUCUUGACUUCAAGUCGUGAAUGUCUGCAUCGAUGCACUUUCUCCAUGGCUUUUCUUGUCCUCCCCCAGCACAGAGUAGUCACUGUCCGUUUGGAGACCAUUAGCCACAUGGGAAUAGCUUCUUCUCUCACUCUCUCAAUUUCCACACGUUCUGCUGGUGAGCUCCCAAAAUGAGAAAAAGAUUGGAAGAUUUCACCAAUAUGAUAAGAAUAUAGGAAGAAAUAAGAAAAAAACCUACCUCAGGGUGAAGUUACCUCAGUAUUUGUUCCUUUCAUUUUCGCUUGCUGGUGUUUUAUAUAAAGCUGAUAGUCUUGAAUAUUUUAUUUUUUUAAGAAAAAAAUGAGAAGUAUCUUUUUUUUAGGUUUUGUCUUGUUGCUUUGGUAUUUUUUUGUUUGUUUUCUUUAUUUUUCUUUUUUUUGGAUCAGAAUGCCCCCAAAGUUUAGCUCCCAUGUGAAAACUUAGAUGCUAAUAACAACUGAGAGCAUGGUGGUAUUUGGCUCUGGGUAUUGUUGUUACCAUCGUUGGAGUGGCUUCUGGAUCUUGUAGAAGUGUGCUUUGGGUUGAACUAGGAACCAGCACAUUGGGCUGAGGGGAGCAUUGCUGGACGCUGCAGUCAGCCAGUGGAUAUGCUAAGGGCCCAUGUCACAUACUUAGCCCAUCCAUUACACCAGGUGUGCAAUGGCAAACACUCGGUUAUCCUGUGGGGUUCCUGGAAUUCCACACAGUGAAUGUGAAUCCUCAUUGGCCAGUCUAACAGCUUUGUCAUCCCCAUCGCAUGUGCUGUCUUUCUGUCUGAGUGUGUUUGAGUACCUGAGAGGGAGUGAGACAGAGAGCAGUGUGUGUGUGUGUGUGUGUGUGUGUUUGCGUGCGUGCUUGUGUAUGCAUGUGUAUGUGUGUGUGUUUUAUUCAUUUGUAUAAAUGUUUAAAAUGGUGGGUGAGGGACAUUGGGGGAGGGGGGGCGGGUUAAAAAAACAGGAAAAAGUCUAAAGAGAACCUAUGGCCUUGGUUUUCCUUUUUUUAUUUUUUUACUAUUAUGAUUUAAAAAAAAAUAAAUCGGGGAUAUUCUAAAACUUUUUAAAGUGGGAGCAACUAGCUACAAAACAUAAGAAAAAAGAGAAAAAUAAAGAAUGAAUGGAAUAAAUAAAUAGAUUUAACCUGUACAUAAGAUGUAAAGGAGCAGCUAAAAAAAGAUGAUAAAGUUUUGUAUUUUUAAAAUUACUGUUAAAAAACAUAAAAAUGAAAAGAUGAGGAAAGAUUGCGAGACAAAACGAGACCACCGUGUGACCCUGUCAGACUGCAUCUUUUAAGGCCUGCUGCGCUCUACCACCUCAUCCGCGGCUGGGCUGACCGCUUCGUGUGCUUGCAUACCAUCCACAGGGAAAAGUCUAUUGUAGUGCUUGUAAUUCCAUUUUUUUUUUUUUUUUUUUUUUUUGAAGAGACAGGAACUUUUUUGGUAGGACCUUUUUGUUGUGAAAAGGCUGGCUGACUUUCAGCCUUGGAUGUAAUUUUGGAAUUUUUGACAGAAAUAUUUUGAUCAGUGCUCAUGAGUUUGAGUGAAUGGACAUUACCCCGAUUCUGAAAUUCCUGUUGAACAAGUAAGCUCAAAACCAGAAACAUAUUGCUACCUUGUGAGAAGUACUAAUUACUAUAUUGGAAAUAAUUAAUUGUUGUUUUCAUGUAUUUAAAAAGUGCACAUUCCAGAGCACAUGAUACACGCUGCCCAAGCUACAGGCUAAAGUAGUCAGAAGCCUCAGUCACACUAAAAAGGUUCAACCAUGACAUUUGUGUCUCUUCAAAACCACAGAGCUUUGCUCACAGACACCAAGACGUAGUGUAAUGUAUUCAGACUGCAGCCUUUUUGAUUGUUUGUCUAUUGUCAUGUUUUUUUUUUUUCGUGGUUAUCUUGUUACACAGCAAGCUUUAUUUGGAUAUGACAUCUGGUUACUUACUGUUUCAACAGAAAAAAAAAACUCAAAAAAAAAAACACAAAAAACAAAAAGACAACAUGGGGUAGGGGAAUUGAUGACUGAAAAAGUCCUGGAAUUGUAUAAGAUGAGACAAAAAUAGAGAAGGAUUUUUUUUCCAGAAGAAGGGGAAGAGGACUGGGAAGACUUUGAAAAUGGCAGAUCUUAGGGGAAUAUUGGCAUGUUUUUUGGGAUACUUGAGGGAUAGAUUUAAUAAACAGAGAGGGGGGGAUUCUUUGCUCUAAUUUUGUGGAAAGAUUUGGCGGAGACGUCAGUUAAAUGACAACAUGGUAAACCAGUACUCUGUUCAGUGCUGCCAUGGCUUGAAAACACUGUCCAUAUCUCCCUGGAGGGAAGAUGGUGCCUCCUCCCUCCCUCUCUCUCAGGACCUGAAACAUUGUUCCAUCCCUUUUCUCCUCUGCCAAGCACCCUGCUCCUCCCACCUUGUCCUCAAUCCUUUUGGAGAACAUUUCUCUACACAAUAUGAAAUUGGGACUGAAUAUCAAAUUAUUUUUGAGCAAGUUAUUUCAGGGGUAGUGGAUCACUACUGAGUUUACCUCUCUGCUUGGCUUCAUUUGUACCUGUUUUCUCAUUUUCUGUUCAACCGUUUUUUUUCUGUAUGACCUUUCUAUUUGACUUCCAUUUCUAUAGCUUGGAGUAGUUUUACAAUCGGUUCUUUUUAAAAAAUUUUAAUUCACACAUAAAAAAUGGCUAAUUAUUAAUUAUAAUGGAUUACUAACGAUCGGCUCGCACGUGUUGCGAGACUAAGUAAUGACUGUGCCAAACACCGUUUUAGGUAAAGAAUCAUGUUUGAGCUGCAGUGGAUAAACUGGUAAAAUGGAGAUGUUGCUGCACUCAAACUGUGUCAUGAAUAGCUUGCUCUCAACCGAAAUGCCAGGAUUCUACAAAGCUAUAAGUUGCAUGUGCUACAUCAUACAUUUCCAUUGACAUUAACGGCAAAUUUACACAAGCUGUCAUUUAUGCAUACGAGUGACAGUCACACUUAAACUGUUGGCAUGUGGCUUAUUUACAGUGGCCAUUACUCCUAAUAGUUUGUUUUAACUUUAACAAAAAUGUACACAUCAUCCACCAAUCUGAGCAUGUAUUUUUUCCUCCAGAAAAAAUGUAAUGGUUCACUCAAACAACAACAACAGCAGUAACAACAGCAGAUUUGAUAUCUGGUACUGUACAGGAAUAUGUCAUUUGAGUCAUGGUGUAUUCAGACAGUUUCACUCUCUACACUCUGGACGUCGCACAAUGACGCGCAACAGGUGCUACAAAGAAAAACCAAACCUAACACAUAACUUGGAACGCUACCUCAUGACUUAGCCACAAUAUUAUUUUUUAUUUUUUUUUGCAGCCAGAAAAUAGUGGAUAAUGCAUGUUACAGUAUCUUUUAGAUUUCAUUUAUUUAUAUUUUUUCUGGCAUUUUGGAUUUUAAGUUAUCUCUCCAGCUCAGAGUUGGAAAAAACCUUUUAAAAAAUCAAUGAAGUUGCGGGGGGGCUGAGGGGUGUGACGUGUGAACAGAAUGGAAGGAGGGCUUUGGCUGAAAUUGGGUGAAGUAAAUGGAGGAGAAUGGUGGAAUCGGGAAAUGGAGAGCUGCUGAAUAUGGUAGUCAUUCUGAUGGAAAUCUCCCGAGUGGAAAAGGUUUGAAGGCUGGUACUCUGUGGCAGGCGUGUGGUGGUGGAACGGCAUCGAAUGGGUCGGGUACGAUUUAGCCUCGGGGUUGAUUCACAUCGAUCGCCUGCUGUUAUUGGACCACCUCCAAAUUGAGUUGAACAUUUUGCACUGGAAGAAUGCAUCAGAAUCACUUUGUGUAAUGAGCCAUCCAUCUGGGUAGAAUAUAAAUGCUGAAGAUUUGAGCAUCCUGAAUGCAUCUGUACCUCACAGUAAAACCAUGCUACCUGUCUGUUAUGCAUCCUCAAUACUGCGCAAACCAUCCCAUAUGUCAGCUACUUCCCUGACCUAUCUCCCUCCCCCCCACCUCAUCCUUAGGGCUGUGCUGCCUUCCCACAAUCCUCUCCCAGCUCUGCCCCCCAUCCCUAUAAAACCCCCCUUCCCCUAAAGUGAGUGACCCACUUGAUCUGGCUUGCUAGCUACAGCAGUUAAGACGGCAAAGAAGGUUAGCUGUAGCUAGCUGCAGUUAAUGGGCCGAGUUAUUAUGGCUAACUAGUUACCUUGGCUAACUAGCAAGCAACAAAAUCUAACUCUGAAAUAGUUAACUAACCGACUUUAGAAAUGACCAGCUAACUAAUUAAGAUAAGACCACUUAGCUGGCUAAAACGAUAAAAGAUGUAAAUACAUACGUUUUUACUCAUCCACGCUGCUGAGAUUAAUUUCAUUCAUUACUGUUUGGUGAGUAAACUUAUGACUGUCGCAAACAUCUGGUGCCAUUCCUCCAGGGAUUCCCUUCUCAGUGCAUGCACAGUCAUCCUCUUCACGCAGAGUGUGGGGAUGUGUGGGGAUCCUGCGGGGCAUGUGGUGGAGGUCCUGCUGGAACAGGGCGCGUGGCUGUGACCUUCACCUGGCCCUGUGUGGGGUCUCUGCCAGCCCCACCCCCUUCCCAUCUCUCCCUUCAUGGCUCUGCCCCCUUCCCAUAAUCCCUCUCUUCAUUUUCACUCCCUGAAUCAAGGGGCACAAUACCUGUAAUUGUGUAAUUUUUUUGUUGAUCUACCUCUUAGGAAAAAUAGCAAAAUAGUAAAAUAAUACUUUAAAAACAUCAAAAAAGUUAAAAACAAAACAAAAAAAAAACUAAAAUGAAAAAUAAAUAUUAAAACUGGGUAGUCACAUCUCCAUAUACUGUAGGUAAUAGUCUAAAAUAAAACGAUUUUACUUCUUCCAAAGAUUAUUUUUUUCUCCAUUAUUAGGGUUUUGAAAAGGUAAUUACAAAAAAAAACUAAAAUUGGAGAGGUGAAAAUUAGUCUUUUUUAAAAGAGAAACUGCUAUAUUUCAUUAUUCAAAUGCAUUUGUUCAUUAGACUUAUAUUUGUAACCUCACAUCCUUCAUCUUUUGUUUGUUUCUGAUUGCUUUUAAAAAAAUAAUGACAUGGGAUUGUAUUUCUUGUGUUGGAUGCAUUAGAACUAUCUCUGUGAACUGCAACAUAAUACUCUGCAAGAUAUUUCAGAGCAGCAUGAUAUUUUAAAGAUUUGUUUUUGGAAAGAAUAGACCCGUUUAUUUGCCUGUGACACUAGCAAGGGAGCCCUUGUUUCAUCUCCUUUUGUCUUCAUGUGUCUCAGCAUCUCUGGCCUACUUUGAUAGUUUUAUCAUCACUUGUUUUUUAACUCCUUGUAAGCAAACAGACCAUAGAAAUGAAUGUGUUAUUAAAAGAAAAGAAACCGGAA